AUGGCGGGAUAGAUGACGUAGGUAACAGCAAGAACAACCGCCAAAUUUGCGUACCGGUUUCGUUGAAGAAAAAUAAAUUAUCGAAGAAAGGAUGUCGAGCCCGGGCAGGUCGCCGAGGAUAAACAGUCCCAGAAGGAGCAGUCCGAGAACUCCCAGGAGACAGGUUCAAGGAGUGCGUUCUCCCUCGUUAAUCGGGACUCCCAGGACAGGUAGGAAUGCGGCAGAGAAUGUGGAGACUCCUCUCAGGUGGAGUGCCAAUCGGCAGGAAUUGGGAGCCAGGCCGCCAACGAUCCUGGCUUCCUCCGAAAGAGACAGCGGACCUGAACACGUAUCUGAGUCGAACCAGGUCAGUUCUGAGAUCGGUCUACAGUUGUCAUCGCCGAUCAACUAUGGCACACCUAGUUCCCUGGGAUCAAUCAGAACGCCUAGAAGUGGUAUACGAGGGACUCCUGUCAGGCACAGGCCAGACAUCAACACAGACGGCAGGCGUCUGCGACAAUUUGCUAUACAAGAAUCAGCAAUACCAGAAGUCACUGAGACAGAGCGCAACAGUGAGCCAUCAGAGCACAAUGAUAAGACGUCAGAGGGUGAAGGCGCGGGGCCUCAGCUGGUGGUAUGGGGAACAAACGUGGUGAUAAAUCAGUGCAAGAACAAAUUUAAAUCAUUCUUUCAAUGGUACGUCGAUUCAAGCAUAGAGAAUGACGAGCAAACGGAUCACAUGGACCUGGUUCAGCCAUUGUAUCUACAAAAGCUCGAGGAGAUCCACACUUUAGAGGAACCUUAUCUGAAUGUGAACUGCGUGCACGUGAAGAUGUUCGACGAGCACCUGUAUCAGCAAUUGCUAGCCUACCCUCAGGAAGUGAUCCCAACGAUGGACAUGGCAGCGAAUGAAUUGUUCUUCGAUAAGUUCCCGGCUGCGGUCCUUGAGCAUCAGAUUCAGGUUCGGCUGUUCAACGUCGAGAAGGUGAAGAACAUGCGAGAGCUCAAUCCUUCCGACGUCGACCAAUUGAUCACAAUCCCUGGGAUGGUGAUCAGAGUCUCGAGACUGUUGCCUCAGCUGAGGGAAGGCUGCUUCAAGUGCAGCGUUUGCGGAUUUACGGUGAUGCUGGAGGUGGAGAAGGGGAAGACUAGGGAGCCGACACUCUGCGCCCACUGCUCGCACAAACACUCGUUCUCUCUGAUUCACAAUCUGAGUAAUUUCUCGGACAAGCAGAUGGUCAAGCUCCAGGAAGCUCCGGACGAGAUGGCGCAGGGCCAGACGCCUUCCACCAUCAUUGCCUUCGCUCACAACAAUCUCGUUGACGCCGUUAUGCCUGGCGACCGAGUCUCCGUUACCGGGAUCUAUAGGGCUGCCACGCACAAGCCGAAUUUCGAGCAUAGUCUGCAGGCCGUUUACAGGACUUACGUAGACGUAGUACACUUCAGGAAAUAUAGCUCGAAGAGAUUGCAUAACGAGGAGGAUGGUAAGGAGCACAAUUUCACUGCGGAGAGGAUAGAGCAGAUCAAGGAGCAAGCCGCCAGGCCAGAUAUCUACGAUCGACUAGCCAGACACAUCGCACCCAGCAUUUACGCCAACACCGACGUCAAGAAAGGAAUAAUACUGCAAUUAUUCGGUGGGACCAAGAAACCCGUGUCUCCGUUGGGCAAACACUUCAGGCCCGAUCUAAACAUUUUGUUGUGCGGCGAUCCGGGCACUAGCAAGUCUCAGCUGCUGCAGUACGUUUAUAAUUUGGUCCCCAGGUCGCAAUACACCAGUGGAAAGGGGUCCAGCGCGGUCGGAUUGACCGCGUACGUGACCAAGGACCCGGAGACGGGUCAGUUGAUCCUCCAGUCCGGUGCCUUGGCAUUAGCAGAUAACGGAAUCUGCUGCAUCGACGAGUUCGACAAGAUGAGCGAGAACGCGAGGUCUGUACUCCACGAGGUGAUGGAGCAGCAGACUCUGAGCAUCGCAAAGGCUGGCAUCAUCUGCCAGUUGAACGCCAGGACGAGUAUACUGGCUGCUGCGAAUCCCAGCGAGUCGCAGUGGAACAAGAACAACACAGUGGUGGAGAACGUGAAGCUGCCUCACACACUUCUGUCUCGCUUCGACCUGAUCUUCUUGAUUCUGGAUCCUCAGGAUGAGGCCUACGACGGGAAACUAGCUUCGCAUAUGGUCUCGUUGUAUUAUAAAAAUCCGGAGGAGUUCGAGGACGAGCAGAUGAGCAAGAGUCUGGUACGGGACUACAUAGUGUUUGCCAAGGAGCACGUGCACCCGACUUUGAACGAGGAGAGUCAGCAGAGAUUGAUCCAAGCGUACGUGGACAUGAGAAGGGUGGGCAGAGGGCGUGGGCAGAUCACCGCUUAUCCCAGGCAGCUCGAGGCCCUGAUAAGAUUGGCCGAGGCUCACGCAAAGCUCAGACUCAGCCCUGUCGUCGAGUUGGAAGACGUGGAGGAAGCUUGGAGACUGCACAGGGAGGCUUUGAAGCAAGCAGCGAUCGAUCCGCUGAGUGGAAAGAUCGAUAUCAACAUAAUAACGACCGGGAUAUCGGCGGCAGCUAGGAGAAAGAAGAAGGAGCUGGCUGAUGCGUUGAAAAAAUUGAUCGAAAGCAAGGACGGGGUGCACGUUAUCAGUCAGCAGAAGCUCUAUGCCGAUUUAAGACAGUCAUCCGAGUCGUUAAUUUCCCGAGAAAUGUUCCAGGAUGCCCUUAGAGAUCUACAAGACGACGGGCUGUUGACCAUAAUCGGUAGAACCAACGUCCGCGUCAAUAAAACCUAAUUAAUUAUUACUUUCAAUACUCCGUACUACAUGUAUAUUUAAGUGUUUGAUAACCAGGGUGAUCGACCUUUAUUUUAUUCGUAAUCCGAGUGAGAAUAAAUCAUUUUAAUACUUUUCCAUA